AUGGAUCUGAAAAAGGGUCACUGGGCCGACGAGCUCGAUGGGGUCCUAUGGAGCCAUCGCACAACGCCGCGAGGAUCGACUAAAUCGACACCUUUCUCCCUCGCCUACGGUGUAGAAGCCAUGGCUCCCGCUGAAGUCAACGUUUCAAGCCUCCGACGCUCCAAGAUGCCUCAAUACGUCGAACUCAACAAGGAAAUGCUACUCGACGCCCUUGAUGAGAUAGAAGAACGACGAGAUCAAGCCCUGCUGCGCAUCCAGAACUAUCAACAACAGAUCGAGAGUUACACAACAAAAGGGUCCGUGCCCGACCUCUGGAACUCGGUGACCUCGUCAUGCGCAAGGUGUUUGAAAACACUAAGGAGCUAA